AUGUUAACCGUCCUCUUGGACACCCAGACACUAACCCUCCUCUCGGACAGCCAGACACUAAUCAUCCUUUAUAACACCCAGACACUAACCCUCCUCUAUAACACCCAGACACUAACCAUCCACACUGACAGCCAAACACUAACCCUCUGCUCUGACACGCAGACACUAACCCUCCGCUCUAACAUGCAGACACUAAUCCUCCUCAUUAACACCCAUACACUAACCCUCUGCUCUAACAUCCAAACACUAACCCUCUGCUCUAACACCCAGACACUACCCGUCCACUCUAACACCCAGACACUAACCCUCUUCUCUAACACCCAGACACUAACCCUCUGCACUGACACCUGGACACUAACUCUCCUCUCUGACACCUAG